GCCGGCCCCUCCCCGACUGGGCCCUGCGCCCCCCGCCCCCCGCGGCCCCCCGCGGCUGGGCCCGCCGCCGUCAUGAAGAAGUUCUUCCAGGAGAUCAAGGCUGACAUCAAGUUCAAGAGCGCGGGGCCUGGUCAGAAGCUCACGGACUCGGCAGGGGAGAAGGCCCCCAAAGAAAGACCCAACCAGCCGGCGCACCGGCCGCCCCGCCAGGGCCCCACGGAUGAGGCACAGAUGGCGGCCGCCGCGGCGCUGGCCCGGCUCGAGCAGAAGCAGCCCCGGGCCCGGGGCCCCUCGUCGCAGGACUCCAUCCGGAACCAGGUGAGAAAGGAGCUUCGAGCUGAAGCGACCGUCAGCGGGAGCACCGAGGCCCCGGGGACCAAUGUGGCGCCGGAGCCCAGAGAGGAAGGCUCGCCCCACGUGGCGGCACCCGGAGUGUUCUUCACCUGCCCGCUCACGGGGGCCACCCUGAGGAAGGACCAGCGGGACGCCCGCAUCAAGGAGGCCAUUCUCUCGCACUUUGCCACCGACCCGGUGGCCGCCUCCAUCAUGAAGAUCCACACGUUCAACAAGGACCGGGACAAGGUCAAGCUGGGCGUGGACACCAUCGCCAAGUACCUCGACAACAUCCACCUGCACCCCGAGGAGGAGAGGUACCGGAAGAUCAAGCUGCAGAACAAGGUGUUCCAGGAGCGCAUUAACUGCCUGGAAGGGACCCACGAGUUUUUUGAGGCCAUCGGCUUCCAGAAGGUGCUGCUGCCGGUUCCCGAUCAGGAGGGCCCCGAGGAGUUCUACGUGCUGAGCGCGGCCGCCCUGGCCCAGCCGCAGAGCCUGGAGCGCCACAAGGAGCAGCUGCUGAGCGCCCAGCCCGUGCGGGCCACGCUGGCCCGCCAGCGCCGCGUCUUCCGGCCGUCGCCCCUGGCCUCCCAGUUCGACCUGCCCCGCGACUUCUUCAGCCUCACGGCCGAGGAGGUCAAGCGCGAGCAGCGGCUGCGGUCCGAGGCCGUGGAGCGGCUGAGCGUGCUGCGGACCAAGGCCAUGCGGGAGAAGGAGGAGCAGAGGGAGCUGCGCAGAUACACCUACACGCUGCUGCGCGUGCGCCUCCCCGACGGCUGCCUCCUCCAGGGGACCUUCUACGCCCGGGAGCGGGUGGCGGCGCUGUACGGCUUCGUCCGGGAGGCCUUGCAGAGCGACUGGCUGCCUUUCGAGCUGCUGGCCACCGGCGGGCAGAAGCUGUCGGAGGACGAGAACCCGGCCUUCAACGAGUGCGGGCUGGUGCCCUCAGCCCUCCUGACCUUCUCAUGGGACUUGGCCGUGCUGGAGGACAUCAGGGCCGCGGGGGCCGAGCCCAACUCAGCUAUCCUGAAGCCUGAGCUCCUGUCGGCCAUCGAGAAGCUCUCGUGAAAUAAAAGCAGGGUUGGCUUCGGCCC